GAAAAAUUUUCCAUUGUAGCGUGACAUUUUAACCACCCUGUACAUAUUAAAAUAAAUAAGUGAAAACAAACUAUGUGCGCCUUAUUCCAUCAUCCUUAUUACUAAAUAUAUAUAUUUUUAGAUAGAAGGGACGCAACUGUGUUGUCGUGCCAUUCUUUAUAUGUAGGCAAAGCUAGACUAUUUUUCAGCAAGAAAAAUAAAAUGUGCACAAAGGUGUUCUAAUUAGUGCAAUUAAUUAAAUCACUUAUAAUUACUCGUAUACAUAACUUUACUUCCAAGAAGAUAUUACUGUCCCUAUAAACGAAUUUUAAUCAACGCCACGCCAUCAUGUCGAUUUACUUUGAUAGCAAAAUCACAAUCCCGGAUGGCCCAUCCAAUUAUUUUGGGAAACGCAUCUUUCUGGACAUGGAUUGGCAUUCGGAGUAUCAGCUCUUGGCCAUGUCUCACUCUGAUGAUAAGGGCGGAUCCGGUGUUUCCGUGUAUGACCACUCCAAAGAAGAGACGAGCAAUGUUGACGCCAGCACCCAAGAAGGGAUACAAAUCACUUCGAUUAAAUGGCACCCAAAAAGCAAGAUUUUGGCCAUGGGUCACGAAACUGGCGAAGUGGUCAUAUGGAAUCACGAGGAGGGCGAACUGUUUGAAGGUUCUCGAGGUCACAAUGCUACCAUUAUGCUCAUGGAGUGGUCCAACGAUGGAGCUUUACUCGUCUCUUCGGACAACAUGGGAAUUCUCAUCAUUUGGAAGAGCGAUUCUCAAGGACAUUUACAAACACAUUUUAUCCACGAUUUCAAAGAUCCUGUUUGUCACAUUGUUUUUCGUCAGACAGCUCGUGUUCCUGGGAAAACUCGAGACGAUGACGCGGAAAGGGCAUUGGAAAUGAUGACAAAUUGGAGACCUAAAACUGGUCGAAAUCGUGGCGGCGACAGAAACGGGAGACAAACUCCGAGACCUAGUGAUGACCUACCUCCGAAUGAGAAAUCAUUUUUUGUUGCUGUUUUAAGUGGAACAAUUUAUUACCUCAAGGAAAGUGGGUCAAACGAAGAAAUUCUUUCAUCCGGAUCCAGCAUUAAAUCCCUAUUGUUCUUUGCGCCUAAAGAACAACUCAUUAUUUUGACCGAGGCACAAAUUAUGGGUCAUUUUCGAGUCAGUGCGGACGGAGACUUGAACGAAAUUAAUAAGCAGAUGAAAAUUGGGGGACGAGGAGACAUCCGGUUAUUUUGGGUUGGGACAAGUAGUCUUGCAGUCAUUGGAAGAGAGCCCACGGUACGUUUAAUGGACAUCGUUGGGACUGAAAACACCGUUCUGGAAGCGAAACCGCAUGAAAUUGGGGACGACGAAUCUUUCGUGAGCUUAGAUUAUCAUCCUAAAGACGGCGUCAUCUGCUGCUGCACGAAUAAAGGGAAACUCGUCAUGUGGAAGGAGGUCGAACCCCCAUUUUCGGACGAGGGUGAAUGUCGCCAAACUGAGGAUGGUCACUGGGAGGCGAUGAACGUCACGAUGGUUCCGAGCAGUUCAAAGAGUGCGAAAUGGUGCCCCUCCGCUUCCGGAGUCAUUGCAGUCAAUGGACAACAGGACGUUAUUCUAUUGCAAGAACAAGAGCUUUGCUUUCAUUUUAGUCACCAGGUUAGCGUCGUCCAAACCCAACCAAGUAUUUUGUCCGUGCAACUUCUCGCCCACAAGAAAUCCUUCGAUAUCAAGGUGGACAUGCAAAUCAAAGGAGUCACCACAUCCGAAGCCCAUGUCGUAUUUUGGAAUGGGAGCAAAGUUGUCACCUAUGAAUUUGGACCACAACUGGCCACCAACUACAAAUUUGUCGGCUCAUUCGCAAACAAAUCGGAUUCCAUUCUUGUUCAGGAAAUGAGCCUCUACAUGCAAGAACUGGGACAGAUUCAAAUUCGAACUUUUCAGGGCACAAUUAAGCAAACGCUCGCGUUUACCGGAAACGAAGGUCCUCCCAUUACACUAGCGAUUGGCGGAGACUACUUAACUUCAGGAAGUGAGUACGGUCACAUCAAAAUUUGGCACAUUGGACGAAGAGAAGCCAAACUGCAUACAUCGCCAAAGAAUUUGCACGAAUAUAUCGAACGACUUGGGGAAAUUAUGAGUGCAAAUACGAACUGCAAUGGGACCAAGACUGGUUUUAUUGUGGCAAAAGUAAACCUCGUACCUGACUCAAAACUGUAUGUGAUGGACCUCGCUAGCAAUGCCAUCCAAGAGGUCAAUUUUCCUUCACAAUUUGUGGAAAAGUUUUUCUGGGAGGAGGAAAAUCCCUCUUAUAUCGCCCUCGAAGUCCGCACCCUCUCAAAAGAACUGCAAACCAUACUGGACAACGAAUCGUUUGAACAACUCAGAAAGGACGUCGAAUCUUCCAACAAUGUCAGACACAAAGCGUUAAAGUCUUCCGUGAAGUACAUUCGCCCCUGCAAAGAUAUCCGGAGACCGUGGAAAUCUAGCACGUUGAAUAAGGACGAAGAAGAGGACGACCUGCAGAAAAAACUAUCCAGGAAAUAUGUCUCUGGACAGGGUGGUGGGAGUGACGAUGACGAAAAUUACAGGAGGACGACGGAUAUCGAACUUCCACGCGGGGUGCAGCACGCCAUAAUCACGAUAUUUGCAGACUCUGAGAAGGGGAUUUUAAUUCAUGAAAAGAGAGUAGAUUUGGAUGGGAAAUUUCUAGUGGGACUGGGAGUGCCUUGUAUUUAUUUGGCUGAAAAUGGAGCAACGGCUUCCAGAAUUGCGGAAUUGAGAGACUUGAAGGAUGGAGAGAUUAGUAAAAGUCGUUACAUUCCACAAAAUUCACUAAAAAUUCGAAUCGAUAAGCAAAUAAUUGCCGAGUUUGAUGGUGUCGAAGACGAACAUAAAGAAGGACGCGCUGCCCUCAUGAAAUAUUUGUAUCACACCCUGUUCGACGAUAUCGAUGGUGCUUUAAGGGCAAUCCGAUUUAUACAAAAUGAGAAAAUCUACUCCAACAUGGUGCGAAACUGUGUCAAGACUCGCAGAAUGGACGUGGCGUUGCUUUGCCUCGCAAAAAUGAAGGAGGCCAGAAUAGCUCGAGAAGUGCGGCGUGUCAUCGAAAAUGAAAAAGAACCACAGACACAUGUCGCCCAGUUGGCUAUUCAAUUAGGAAUGCUGGAGGAAGCAGAAAUUUUAUACCGUGAAGCUGCCCGCUACGACCUCCUCCUGGAACUCUACGUAAUGUCGGAAAAAUGGGAGAAAGCAAUCCGCUUGUGCGAAAGUCAUUGCAGAAUUCAACUUCGGAGUACGUAUCACGCUUACGGAAAAAGUUUGGAAUAUGACAAAAAGAUACCUGAAGCGAUUGAAGCGUACGAAAAGGCGGAGACUCAUCGGUACGAAGUUCCAAGGAUGCUGGUGGAUGACCCAGAUCAGUUGCAGUCGUACAUUGUCAAGAAAAAGGACAAGGACCUUUAUCAAUGGUGGGCCCAAUAUUUGGAAAGUACUGGCGACAUUGAAUCAUCCCUUCGAUAUUAUGAACUUGCCCACGACUGGUUAUCCCUUGUGCGGCUCUUGUGCUAUUUAGGCUCUUACGAAAAAGCUGUCCAAGUCGCAAACAAGGUGGACGACAAGGCAUCCGCGUACCACUUGGCAAGAACGUUAGAGGACAAUGGUGAACUUCUUAAAGCAAUUAAAUUUUUCUCCCGAGCUGGCGCAUACGGCCAUGGAAUCCGUAUGUGUAUCGCCAACAACUUGGUGGACGAGUUGUGGUCGCUGAGCCUCAAAGCAUCCCCCAGUGAGCAAGCAGAUGCUGCAAAGUAUUUCGAAACUGUGGAGCCACCGUAUUUCAGCAGGGCGAUUCAGCUCUAUCAUAAGGCCGGGUAUCAAUCGAAAGCGUUGGAUUUGGCAUUCUCUGCUCAAGAGUUUUCAGCGCUGCAAGCCAUCGUUCGUGACGUUAUGGAUCAACCCAAUAUGAACACGGAUCCCCUCCUCUUGCAAAAGUGUGCCAACUUUUUUGUACAGAAUGACGAAAUCGACAAAGCUCUCGACAUGCUUUGUGCAGCACAUAAGUAUCCCGAAGCCAUGGAUCUCUGCGUGCAACAUAAUUUUACAAUCACAGACGAAAUCGCGGAAAGACUCACUGCGCCGAAAGGGAUCGGGUUGGAUGAGCAUACUCGUGUCCGACUUUUGGAGAAAAUGGGAGAAAGCUGUACAAUUCAGGGCAAUUAUCAUCUCGCUGCGAAAAAGUACACACAGGCCGGAAAUAAGAUCGAAGCGAUUAAAUCUCUAGUCAAGAGUGGUGAUACAGAACGAAUUAUCUUUUAUGCGAACGUUUCACGACACAGAGACAUUUACAUGAUUGCUGCCCACUACCUCCAAACCACCGAUUGGCGAAAGAACCCUAAAGUCGUCCAGUCCAUCGUCCAAUAUUACACGAAAGCCCAAGCAUUCGAAAGUUUGGCCGGAUUUUAUGAGACUGUAGCCGAGUCGGAGAUAGAAUCUGGUCGAGACUAUAAAAAAGCGGUCGAGGAAUAUAGAAACGCUGCGAAAUCGUGGAACAAUCUCCUUGCCUGUGGUGCUCGACAAUAUGAGGACCGUUGUGCAAGUGUAGAAGGAAAAAUUAAUGUGAUUGGAAAGUUCCUGAAAAUUAAAGACACUCUCCACUUUGACGCUGACUCUGCCCUGAACGAGUUAGGAAAAAUGCUGGAAGAUUCUCGCCCUGACAAUGGCGUCCGUCCCGGCGACAUUUGUGGACUGAUAGUAGAACACUACGUUAAACAAGGCGAGAUGGAGAAGGCGAUCACAAUUUUAGAAAAGAUGCCGACUUAUACCGGUGGGAAAAGUUUGACACAUUUUCUCUCUCCUGAAACUACUGCAAAACUAGAAAACGCUUUGGAAAAUUCCAACACGUUAAGCCGCAUAAGGUCGGGUGGAAAGACGAACGCUGCUCAAUCAAAAUCAAAGCCUAAAUCCAAUCCUGCAACUUCGACUCAAAACUUUCUCCCGUUUUUGGUCGCGGACGAAAAUCAGAAUGGGAAGGAUGAGAAUUCGGACGAGGAAGAAGAGGAGGAAGUGGUUGAUGACGAAGAUGACGAUGAAGGUGUCGAGGGUGAAGAUGGGGAGGAAAUCGAGGAGGAAGAGUCAAGUGACAACGACGACGAGGAGGAAAUAUUAUACAGUAAUACAGCCAAUCAUGUGGGUGGUGCUGGUAAAGUGGGAAAUCCACAGACAGGAUUUUUUGGACGGUCAAAUGGUCAAACCUCUACGGCAUAUCCUCAGUUUAAAUAGUAUAAAUUCAUGAAAGUAAAAAUAUCUUUUUUUAAAUAAUAUUGUAUGACAUGGGUUUAUUUUCUGUGAUAAGUUUCGAAACCGUUAGUUUUAUUAAAUAAAUCGUGAUUUAUUGGACAGAAAGGACCAAGAAAUUAUUACCAUUUUUUGCAUGAGAACAUCAAACUUUGAAUUUGGUUUUCGACGUCACCACAAAACUUUUUUUUUCUAAAAAU